AUGGCUUCUUCUGCAAACUCCGACCCACCGCUAUUCGUACCGGGCACGCCCUCGAGAAUUUCCCAUUAUGCUAUGACAUACGCCAGAAGGCAUCCCGGGGACUUUUUGCCAUACCUACGUCGCGUUUGGCCAGAACAUGCAGAAAGACUUGCCGAGAACCCCCGCUGUUUGAGGUCCCUUAGAAGUAUCAAAGUACUCCUCGAGAAUGGGGAGACAUGCCGAAUCUACAAGACCUGGGUUCCGCUCCCGGAACUCCGGCGCCUGCGAGCUCGUUACUUGUUGCCCGAUGAAAAAGCCUCCUUCGUUCAUCUUGACCCCCCUCUCCCAGAAGAUGGUACCCUCGGAGUUUGGGAGUUUCUUCCACAACUUCGAUGUAAAACCAAACCUGAUGUCUACUUCUGGACCGAUACUCUGUUGGAUAUCAAGCUCAAUUCGACCAAUGAGGUCAAAUCUCCACGGCGAGUCACGGAAUUAUACAUACUUCUCUAUAAGUUCUACCUAAAAGCUGAAGUCGGUAGAGACGGCGAGAACAAGGUCGCGAAAUGGAUCAGGGAGACUUUUGCAAGAAACUCACUCCUCUUACAACAACAAGGCUGGAUUAACCCUGAUCAUGCGGUAUGCUAUGGUCCCGAGGGCGCAACGUCGAGCAAGCCUUCAAUGCCACUACCCGCUAGGUGGAACGCAACACCAUCCGAGACGGACCUGAUUGAACGGUUCUACAAAAGAGUGCUUCAUUUAGAAGACGUGAACAGUUAUUCCGGCAUCCUUGAGGAACUCAGAAGCUAUAGAAAUAAGUACAUCUGGAACAUGUGUCCCCGUCAAGAUGUUAUCAAGCUGUAUCAGGCUCUUGAGGAUCUUGAUGUGAGAGGACGAGAAAAAGAACGCAUGAUAGAGGAAUUCAAAAAUGAAGCCUUUAUUACUUAUAUUCCCCCGGACCGAAACUGGGAGCCUUCCACUUGGAACACACUCAACUAUAUGGUAUGGUCGCACGGUGUGAAGCUGCCCAGGAAAGUCGACAUCAGCCAGCAAUACCCUGCUCUCAAGUCCUUCUUCGUAGGUCGUCUAAAGAUACCGGAAUUGACGAUGGAGGCUGUCCAACAACAGAUAUUCGAUGUCGCAGCCGACGCGCCUGCCGACGAGACUUUCACCCUCUUGUCUCAUCUCAACAUUAUGAUCCAGAACUUCGCUGAACUCAUAGACCCUAGCGAGUUAAUCUCUAAGCCCAUUUUCCCUGUUCUCACACCAUCGGGCGAGCUAAAGCGUGUCUGUUGCGCUACAGACUUCUUCAUUGUCGACGACAUGCGCCUUUUCAAACUAUUGAGGGACAAUGACAACAUGCUUGCUUUUACACGGAGCCAAGUUAUGCGGCUCGAAUCUCUAAUCAAGUGGCUUGACGUCCUUGUCGCUCUUGUUCCGGCCGACAAGAAGCAACGACAGUUGGCAAUGGCUGUUGCAUUGCCUCGUCUAUUGAUGGAAUGGCUCAUGACAGGACCAGAGACUUACGGCCGGGGCUCUGUUGAGAUACCCGAGCUCGGUGUGAGCCUUGUAAAGAGUGUGUUGAGCGCACCUCCUGAGUUGGCCAAUGACAUACUUGAGGCCGAAGGCAUUGAACAGCCUUUCACACUUCGAGGCAACAGACUGCCAGGCAUAAUGCAAGAAGAAUGCUUGGAUCAGAUGGAGGAUCAGGAGGCAGAAGCGCCACUCCAAACAACACCAGAAGACAAGAUUCCCCUGGCUGAUUCUCCCGCUUCCCAAACCCCCAAAGUCAGGCAGGCUGGAACGCUGGAUGCGUUCCUAGGCAUUGUCCCGGCUGCUGGAAGCGCGUCAGAGCGACAGACAUUGACACCGCGUGGGCAAAAGCGGCGACCUAAUGACAGGGCUUCGGCAUCUUCAGGAUCUCCUCCCCCAUUGACAGGUCGGAAGAGACCUCGAAAGGAAUGA